ACCACACAAGAAAGAACAAAUAUGGAGAAACAAAUUUCUUUAUUGCUCUGCCUCGUCCUCUUCAUCUUCUCAAUAUCAUCCUCUCUCCAUGAAACCGAAGCUCGAAAACACUCCAAAUAUAAAUCCGCACCAAUCAUGAGCCUAGUCCCAAGAUCUCUCUACGACCAAAUAUUCAUCCACAAGGACAACAACGCUUGCCCUGCAAAAGGUUUCUACCCCUACGAAGCUUUUGUGGAGGCUACAAGGUCCUUCCCGAGGUUCGGGAGCGUAGGAAACUCUUGGACAAGGCGGCGCGAAGUGGCUGCGUUUUUGGCACAGAUAUCUCACGAGACAACAGGUGGUUGGGCCACGGCACCGGACGGACCGUACGCAUGGGGAUUAUGUUUUAAAGAGGAAGUGAGUCCACAAAGUAAUUAUUGUGAUGCCUCUAAUACGCAGUGGCCUUGUGUUCCUGGCAAGUCUUACAAAGGAAGAGGUCCCAUUCAACUUUCUUGGAAUUACAAUUACGGACAGGCGGGUCGAGCAUUGGGAUUUGACGGUUUACAGAACCCAGAACUUGUAGCCAACAACUCCGUUUUAGCUUUCAAGACAGCUCUUUGGUUUUGGAUGACUGAACAGACUCCUAAGCCGUCCUGCCAUGACGUUAUGGUCAACCGAUACAGACCGACGAAAGCAGAUAGAGCAGCAAACCGGACUGUCGGUUAUGGUUUAGUCACCAACAUCAUAAACGGCGGUUUAGAAUGUGGGAUUCCAGGAGAUGGACGGGUCAGUGACCGGGUCGGGUAUUUCCAAAGAUACGUUCAGUUGUUUAAAGUCACCACAGGACCUAAUUUAGACUGCGAGAACCAAAGACCCUUCUCCUAAAUAUAACUAUAAACUCAAAUCUAUGUA